CGUCGACGUCACGACUCCAAACACGGAAGUGCAAAUGUCAAGAUGUCGGCGGCAGGUUGCGUGUACAAACCCGUGAACUAUGUCAUAUUUGACAUGGAUGGCUUGUUAUUAGACACAGAGCGGUUGUACACCGUUUCCUUCCAGGAAGUGUGUGACCGCUUUGGGAAGCAGUACACAUGGGAAGUGAAGUCCAAAGUGAUGGGGGCAAAAGCUUUGGAGGCAGCUCAAACCAUCCGGGACAUGUUGGAGCUUCCGAUGACAGCCGAGGAACUCCUUGCUGAAACCAGACAAAUACAAGAAAAGAUAUUUCCGUCUGCCAAACUCAUGCCAGGUGUCGAGAAGCUGGUGAAACACUUACAGAAACACGGCAUCCCCACCGCCGUCGCCACCAGCUCCGCCGGUGCGACGUUCAACUUGAAGACCAGCCAGCACAAAGCCUUCUUUGCUUUGUUCCACCACAUUGUUCUAGGAGACGAUCCCGACGUGAAGAAUUCCAAACCACAGCCCGACUCUUUCCUCAUCUGUGCCAGCAGAUUCAAGCCCCCUGCGUCUCCAGAUAAGUGCUUGGUGUUCGAGGACGCUCCCAAUGGUGUGAAGGCGGCCCUAGCAGCAGGGAUGCAGGUAGUGAUGGUUCCAGACAAGAACCUGGACCCGGGUCUGACUCAUGAGGCCACGCUACGACUGGGGAGCUUGGAGGAGUUUGAACCGCAGCUCUUUGGCCUGCCAGCGUUUGAGUAAGCCUCAGGCAAAACAUGGAAUGUGCCUGGUACCUACUUUUAAUCCAAAAAAUUACAAUUUCUUCAUUUUACAAUAUGUUGUAAUUAUUAGAUUCAGCUCCAGAACCCUUCCCUUCUCUCUUCAAUUGCCAUUGUUCACUCAAUCCAGGUUUGUUGAAAUUAAAUUAGCAAAAAAAAUCAUGAUGAACUAGCUCUGACAGUCCAGUUUCACUUGUGAAGUGAUGUCAUCGGGGAAACAAAACACUGGACUUUUCAUCAAAAUAGUAGUCAUGUCAAAAUAUCGUGUUGCUGCUGGAUGUUCAAAAUAUCCGACUGGUACUGUAAGUAUAUUGUCUUUUCCAUAAAAUGGAGAAUGAGCGACAGA